UCGUAUCACCUCUGCAUUUCUGACCUGUUUCCUCUAGUUUAGUUACUGCCUGUCAUUCAGUAUAAUUGGACUGUAACUGCAUCACAAUGUCUGGAUUUAUCCAAAUGCUGAGGAAGAGAAAAGAGUUGAUCCCUCUGAUAGGAUUCAUGGCAUUUGCUGCCACAGGUGCCACCUCUGCCUCCAUCUACUUUCUACUGACCAAACCUGAUGUCAUUUUGAAUAAGACCAGAAAUCCAGAGCCAUGGGAGAGAAUAGAUCCAUCAGCACCUCAGAAGCUUAUAACCAUAAACCAGCAGUGGAAGCCGAUUGAGGAGCUGGAGAUGGUGAAGAGCAUCACCAAGUAAAGGCUGACGUCUGCUAAAGAGAUCCAGCCGGAGCUCAGCUGACCGCCCAGACCCCCAUCAGUCUAACAGAAUCCUUUCCGCACAGACUAGGUCGCUGUGACAUUCAGUGUGCGGAAAUGCUUCUGCUACACCGGUGGGGUCUCAGCCUGCUCUGUGGUGGCUCAGACCCAGGACAUCAACAACGGUAGAAAUCUGUGGUAACAGAUGCUCAUAAUGUCCAAGUAAGAAAAAAGAAAAAAAAGCAAUAUUGUGCAUUAGUUUCUGUGAUUAGAGCUGGGCUAUUAUAUUGAUGUGUAAUAGGCUAUGGUGUUAAACAUAAGAGUCCUCAUAACAACAUAGAUGCUCUUAUCAAAGGUGUAAAUGUUCCUAAAUGUACAAAUCAGAGUCACAUUUAAUAUAUUAAUAAUUAUAUCACCAAAUUGUUAUUCUGAAGGAGUUGAUCUAGUAAUUUAUGUACGUUUGUUACCCAUGUGCAUGAAAUAAUGAACAUAACUGUGCAUUAAUGUGUGCUUUGACUUUUGUAGAGUGAUAUUCUUAGUUUGGUCUGUGUUGGAGCUGUGGUUGAUGUCUCCUCUCUGUGUCCUGUCUGCCCUUUUUUGUCUGCUUCUCAAAAUUGUGUUUGACUUAUGAAUGUGAUGCUUAGUUGCGGUUUGCUGGAAGAGACACUGCUUCCCCCGUUUUACUUGAAAUACACAAAAAGACAGAACAGAAACCCUGUUUAUGGUCCUAAAUCAUUGCAAUCCAUGUACAUAAUCUGUCUCAUUAAAAUCCCCUCUGAUGUUAAAUGUUAUAAUGACACAGUAAUUCACGACCUUUAAUCAAAGUGGAUGCAAAUACCAACCUGCCUGUCAGCCUGCAUGUUAUUUAGUUGAACAUGUUUUUAACACUAAGACCAGUAAAACUGCUGCAAAUCAUUUACUAAUUUCCAAGUUUUAUUUUAAAGAGGCGCUCGAUGCUGUUUGUUUGCUGUUUGCAGACAGGCAAGGGCUGAUGAGAUGAUACCAAGAGGGCAGUAAAGUAAUUACUCUCAUCUGAGCAGUGGGUAAAUGGGCAUCAUCUGCUCAGUUUAUGGCUGUGUGAGCACUCAACGCUCCUAUUGUGUUUGGUGAUAAGAAACAAUCCUCUUACUGUCCAUUUCCAACAUCAGAGGAGAGUGAGGACAUGUGAAACGCCUCCCUCCUAGCAUCCCAGAUCAUAGUUAAAUGUUGAAUAACAUUAAACGUAUGAGGAAGGAGGACAGCGAGAGAGAGGUUCACAUUCUGUUUAUCAAGACUAGAUAUUGUUACCUGGGUGUUUCAGUUAAACCACACCCUGCUCUCUGGUCAUUACCAAGGAACUUCAUUUCCUUAUCUCGUUUCAAUACAAUGCUCAUGUCAGUGUUAAGAGCAUAUGAACACCCUGCAAAAAGUGAAAAGGUAUUUUGUUUUUUCUAUCUAUUUCACCACUGUUGUUUGAAAUACUAUUCUCUCUGCUCUUAGACCCUUCAUAAAUGCUUCUCAUUUAACUUUCAGAACUGGAAAAUACAUGCACCUUAUAAAAUUGUGAGGAAGAAGGAAAGGUUUUUUUUUUUAUGCUUUUUUAUGUUUUGAAAUAAAAGCUCAUCUGAAAGUGAAACAUGCAGAGAACUGUACUCGCACUUAUCAAAUUGUGUGACUGAGGGGCUUCUUAAGGGAAGGGAGGAGGGAGGGGAAGGAUGUAGAGUGAAGUGGCGGAAUUGUGUACGUGACUGAAUCACAGUCAUAACCUCAGACAUCAUGUCACCACCAAACACACCCCCGCCGUCUUACCAGGAAGUAAAGCAGUAGUUGCUCAUUGUGUGUACUAGGCGGAAGCCCCUAUGUGUUUAUACCAGUGAUACACAGCUCUUCUAAAAACUACAUGGAAAUCUGCAAAAUGUCUACUCUGUUAUCAUGUCAUCUGUUUACA